GUUAAACUCUCGCUGCGGGCGACUUCCGCUUCCUGGCCUAAAUCUGACACGUACUAUUCCCCCCGUGGCAACUACCCAGGGUCGGUGACAGCCGAGGAGCCGGGCGAUGCCCUCAGCCGACGGGGGGACAGAGGCGCCGGCAGGGUUUCUUGGUGCCUCUGCGGAGUCCCUGGGCCAGACCCCAUAGUGAAGGCUGCAGGAUCUUCCUUCUGGCCCCAGCAGCUCUGGCUGAGUCCACAGGUGCCCGCCUGGCUUCAAGCUUCUGGGAAGAGCGGAGUUGUCAACAAGAGAGCCGGAGGGCUGAGGCCCGGUGGGAACAUGCCAGCUAACCGGAGCUCUCCCCAGUGGUCCUCAGCCCUGGCUGCAGAGAAACAUGGCAGCUUGUGUAAGGUCUCAGUGUCUUUUGAGGAUGUGACUGUGGACUUCAGCAGGGAGGAGUGGCAGCACUUGGACCCUGCUCAGAGACGACUGUACCGGGAUGUGACACUGGAGAACUACAGCCACCUGUGCUCAGUGGGGUACCAAGUUCCGAAACCAGAGGUCAUCUUCAAGUUGGAGCAAGGAGAGGGGCCAUGGAUGUUAGAGGGAGAAGCCCCACAUCAGAGCUGUUCAGAUGAUGAUAUUGGGCAAACCCAACAACAGAGAAUUUCUGGAGAAGUUUCAUUCCACUGUGAGAAAUUUGGUCAAUCCAUAGGAGACGAUUCAUUGUGUUCUAUUUUAGAAGAAUUGUGGCAAGAUAAUGACCAGCUAGAGAGAUAUCAAGAAAAACAAAAUAACCCUAUAAGUGAUGUGAAAGUAUUGAUUAAGGAGAGGGGCUAUGAACGUAAAAACAUUGAAAAAAUAAUUCAUGUGAGAACCAAGCUUGUCCCUUCAAUUAAAAGGCUCCAUAACUGUGACACAUUUGGAAAGAGUUUGAAGCAUACUUUAAACUUACAUAAUCAUAAUAAAAGCAAUGCAACAAAGAACUUUGACAAGAUUUUUGGAAAUGGUAGCAAUUUUUCCCAUAGCUCUUCCUCUGCUAAGAAUGAGAAUGCUAAUACAGGAGCAAAUUCCUGUGAACAAAAUCAAUGUGAAAAACAUAUUGGCCACAAUCAAAUUCUCAUCCACCAUCAGAAAAUUCCUACUGGGGAGAAACUUUAUGUAUGUACUGAAUGUGUAAAGAGCUUCACUCAGAAGUCACAUCUCUUUGAGCAUCAGAAACUCCAUGCUAGAGAAAAAUCCCAGGAAUGCAUUGAAAGUGAGAACGUCUUCCUUCAGAAGCCACCAAUUGAUGUACCUCAGAGGGUUUAUACAGGAGAGAAACCCUAUAUAUGUACUCAGUGUGGGAAGGUCUUUACUCUCAAGUCAAACCUCAUUACACACCAGAAAAUUCAUACUGGGCAGAAACCUUAUAAAUGCAGUGAAUGCGGAAAAGCUUUUUUCCACAGAUCAUAUCUCUUUAGACAUAUGAGAAUUCAUACAGGAGAAAAACCUUAUGAAUGCAGCGAAUGUGGAAGAGGUUUCUCCCAGAAUUCAGACCUCAAUAUACAUCAGAAAACUCAUACCGGAGAGAAACACUAUGCAUGCAGUGAAUGUGGGAAAGCCUUCACAAGAAAAUCAGCACUCAGGAUGCAUCAGAGAAUUCACACAGGAGAGAAACCCUAUGUAUGCACUGAAUGUGGGAAGGCCUUCAUCCAGAAAUCACAUUUCAAUACACAUCAGAGAAUUCAUACUGGAGAAAAACCUUAUGAAUGCAGUGACUGUGGGAAAUCAUUCACUAAGAAGUCACAACUCCAUGUGCAUCAAAGAAUUCACACAGGAGAAAAACCCUAUAUAUGUACAGAAUGUGGAAAGGUCUUCACUCAUAGGACAAAUCUCACUACGCAUCAGAAAACUCAUACUGGAGAAAAACCCUAUAUGUGUGCUGAAUGUGGGAAGGCUUUCAGUGAUCAGUCAAACCUCAUUAAACACCAGAAAACUCAUACUGGAGAGAAACCCUAUAAAUGCAAUGGCUGUGGAAAAGCCUUCAUAUGGAAGUCACGCCUCAAAAUACAUCAGAAAUCUCAUAUUGGAGAGAGACACUAUGAAUGCAAUGAAUGUGGAAAAGCCUUUAUCCAGAAAUCAACACUAAGUGUACAUCAGAGAAUCCAUACAGGAGAGAAACCCUAUGUUUGUCCUGAAUGUGGGAAGGCCUUCAUCCAGAAAUCACACUUCAUUGCACAUCAUAGAAUCCAUACUGGAGAGAAGCCUUAUGAAUGCAGUGACUGUGGGAAAUGCUUCACUAAGAAGUCACAACUCCGUGUGCAUCAGAAAAUUCACACGGGCGAGAAACCCAAUAUAUGUGCUGAAUGUGGAAAGGCAUUCACUGACAGGUCAAAUCUCAUAACACAUCAGAAAAUCCAUACUAGAGAGAAACCCUAUAAAUGCAGUGACUGCGGAAAAACCUUCACUUGGAAGUCACGCCUCACUAUCCAUCAGAAAUCUCAUACUGGAGAGAGACACUAUGAAUGCAGUAAAUGUGGGAAAGCUUUCAUCCAGAAAGCAACACUAAGUAUGCAUCAAAUAAUUCACACAGGAAAGAAACCCUAUGCUUGUACAGAAUGUCAGAAAGCCUUCAAUGACAGGUCAAAUCUCAUUAAACACCAGAAAACUCAUAGUGGAGAAAAACUCUAUAAAGCCAGGGAUGAAAAAGCUUUCAGCUGGAAAUCACAACUAGGUCUGCAUCAGAUGUCUCAUAGUGGGGAAGAGGAGUGCCUGAUGCUGCAAUCACUGGCAGGGGGAAGCAGACAUGACAGACUACAGCUUAAAUGAACAGAAGGCAAACAACGCCAAGUAUCCUUCAGUCAAUCGGAAAUACAAGUACCCACAUCACCACAGUUGAUAUGCAAGGACAUGUGUAGGAAGACGCUUCGAUAAAGCAUUUGAGCAAUAGUCCUCUUUGGUUUCAUCAUUCAUACAGGGACACAAAUGGUAGAAAUCGAGACCCCAGGAGAUGACUUGUAAUCUCCUAUGUGUUACUUUUUGAAUAAAGGACUUUCUUCGUACCCUGAGAUGUAAAAGUACUCAAUAUUGGCAAAGGUUUUUCAAAUUUCUAGGGUGGGGAGAAGAGUUUUAAUGGUCCAAAUACCUGCAGGGCACUGAAGUCAAGGCACAAAUCUAUUUGGGAAUUCAGAUCUGUGAGUAGAAGCCAGAAGUUCUUGUGACCAUUGACAUUUAAGACACGGAAAAGACUGCCAUGAGAAACUGUUCUCUCUCUUCCCUCUGAGAAGUCACCAUGGUAUACUUUUUUUAAUGAAAUAUAAUUUCUAACUUAAAGUCUGACUUUAUGCAUUGGCCAAUUAGGCAUAACUGUAGCCUGUGUUACAGGAAUGUAGUUAUUAAACGUUACGGAUACCUAAAGGUGGCAACUGUUCCCUCAUUAAGUCCAUGCUGUGGCAGCAGGUGAUUCACACCUGAAAAAAGGUAUGCAUGCCUUCCAACCUGUACCUAUCAUUUAUUUAUGUUAAAUGCUAUCAUUUAUUUGUUAGCCACAGGCCAUAGACUUCUCAUCCCCUUAGUACCUGACCCUAAGACAACAGAACUGAGCCACAGCACUCUGGACUUCCAGUCUCGUCCACUGAAGCCUCUGCUUUCUUUGGGAUUCCUGUUUGAAAAAGAAAGGUUGAGAAAUUGGGUUUCAAUACAUGAAAGUGUGAUUUUGUUUUUCUUCCAAUUUGGUUAAGAUAUAUUCGUUUUCUGCACACACGUGUUUUGUGUAGAACGCUAUGAGGUAAAGUCAUGUUGCAUUGUAGUUGGUUAGUCUAAGAUAUAAUUAUAGUUUAUUAUAGGUGAAUAACUGGAAGACUUCUCCAGAAAGAGCACUACUUUUUUUUAAGCACUGAUAUAUAGACACUUUCUCAUUUUCCCUUAAAUGUUUUUUACAAUAAUCAUAAGAAAAGGGGCUUUCUUUGAAGCAUGCAAAUUUAUUUUAUUUUUAAACCUUUUUAUUAAAGUGUAAUGCAUACAGAAAAUGCAUAUAUCAUAAGCAUAGAGUUCAGUGAAUUCUAAUAAACUGAACAUAGAUCAAGAAACAGAACAUGACCAGCACCCCGGAAGCACUCCCUGUGCUCCUUUCUAGGCCUUACCAGCCUCCCAGCCCCCCAAGGGCAAACACUCUCCCAACAUCUACCAGCAUCAGUUAGUUUUGUCUGUUUGGAAUUUUAUAUAAAUUGAGUCAAACAAUUGUAUUUCAUAUUUUAGUAAUAUACUCUUUAUUGUCUAUCUUCUUUCAUUCACAUUAUGAAUGGGCGAUUCAUCCAUGUUGUUGAAUGUAGUUGUAGAUAGUUCAUUCUCGUUGUCAUGUUAUAUUGCAUUGUGUAAAUAUGCUACAAUAUAUUUAUCCGUUCUACUGGUGAUGGACAUGUGGGUUGUUUGCAGCUUGGGGCUACUAGGAAUAGUGCUGCUAUAAAUAUUUUAGUACCUAUCUAUUGGUGAACAUAUUUAUGAAUUUCUAUUAGGUAUUUACCUAGGAGUUGAAUUGCCAGGUCAUAGGGUAUCCAUAUGCUCAGCUUUAGUUUAUAAAACUAGUUUUCCAAAAUGGCUGUACCAAUGUAUACUCCCACAAGCACAGUAUACGAGUUCUAGUUGCUCCACAUCUUUGUCAACACUUGGUAUUUUCCAUCUUUUUUACUUUAGCCAUUAUAGUUGGUGUACAGUGAUAUCUUAGUGUGGUGUUAAUUUGUAUUUCUUUGCCCUCCAAUCCCACUGUAGUAUCUCCCCAACACAUUUUACUGAUAUCUGAAAUCGGAGACCGAGGCAUGGUCCUCACAUGGCUGCUUCAUUUUACAUCCUACCAGCAAUAGUAAGCAAUUAGUAAGUUAAAUCUUCCCGCACAAGAAAUGCCCAAAGCCAGAUAGUUUAACUGGUUAAUUGCAUUAAACAGUGACAGGGAAAAUAAUAUCAGCACUCCACAAAAUCUUUUAGAAAAUAGAGGAGGAAGGAACACUCUUCAACUCUAUAAGGCCAGUCUUACUCAGAUACUUAAGGCAUACAAACACAGCACAAGAAAAGAAACCUAUAGAUCAACACUCCUCAUGAAUAUAGACAUAAAAACCUUCAACAAAAUAUUAGCAAACUUAAUCCAGCAACAUAUAAAGAGAUUAUACAUCAUGACUAAGUCGGGUUUAUUCCAGUGAUGCAAGGUUGCUCCAACAUUCAAAACUCAGUCAAGGUAAUCUACCAUAUUAACAGGCUAAAGAAGAAAAAUCACAUGAUCUACAAAUUCAAUACAACUUUCCAGCAGGCUUUCUUCUCCAGAAAUUGAUAAGCUAAUCUUAAAAUUUACAUAGAAAUAGAAAAGACCAAGAAUAGCAAAAAGGAAUUUGUCAAAGAAGAAUCAAGUGGGAGGACAUUCAAAAUUAUUAUAAAACUACAGUAAUCAAGACUGUAUGGUACUGGCAUGGGAAUAGAGACAUAGAUCAAUGGGACAGAAUAGAGAGUCCAAGAAUAAACCCUCCUACUCAUAGUAAACAUAUUUUUUUGCAAAAAUGUGAAGGCAAUUCAAUGGAGAAAGAAGUCUUUUCAACAUUUAGUGCAAGGAUAAUUGGAUAUCCCGCAUGCAAAAAGAUGAAUUUAAGUCUUAUUUCACACCAUAAUAAAAACUCAAAAUGGAACAGAGACAUAAAUGUAAAAGCUGAAAUUAUAGAAGUUUUUUUUUCAAUAAAGCUUUAUUUUUUUUUAAGAUUUUAUUUUU